CAUAGUCCUGCUCACACGUGGGUGGGGGGGUGGAGGGAUGGAAGGGGAGUAGGCGGGAUUUGGGGGUUCCCCGCCUCCCUCCCCUGUCCACUCCUCGCCUUCCAUCCAGCUGCCUGGAGUCCCCGAGCGGCACGUGCAUGGGGCGGAACCGCAGGCAGGGGAUGGAGGGAUGAGAAGACGCACAGUCCUCUGCUCCCUCCAGGCCUGCGUGCUUCCUGGGGGACAUGGUUGCACCCUGCCCGGGGGUGAGGUUGUGCACGACCUUGUAGUGGUUUUCGCGCCCUCUGCUGGCCUGCGGGUUCACUACAGGGACAUAAUCAAGAUAAUUGGCGUAUGGGUGCAGGGAGGACCCUAUAAAUAAUGUUUAGGGUGCUGGAGGUUGAGUAGGUAAGGUCCACUAGGCUUAGUUGUUAGGGUGCUGGGAACUCAGUAGAGAAGGAUCUGGCCAUCUCUGCUGGUCUGUAGGCAUACACACAUGGGCAAAGAGAGAAAGUAAGAGAUGGAGGAGGAAAAAUAGGAAGGAAAGAAAGAGAGAAAGACAGCUAAUUGAAACUUGAGUACUAUUUGGUGCUGAUUUGCUGAAUUUGAACCAACAUACACAGGUAAAUGUGCAAAGAUUAAACCAGAAGAAAAUGACGUGGUGACCGUUUCUGAGCCCAGCUAUUCCAUAUGGAACGCAGUGUAUGCAGUGUCCCAUGCCCUCUAUAAAACGCUGUUGAUCAAAAUUGAAAUGCAAUCUAAAGAAGACAGAAAGAUGGACUGGCUUCUUCCGUGCCAGGAUGUAGUGACUUAUGAUGAUGUGCAUGUGAACUUCACUCGGGAAGAGUGGGCUUUGCUGAAUCCUUCCCAGAAAAGUCUCUACAAAGAUGUGAUGCUGGAGACCUACAGGAACCUGUUUGCUAUAGGCUUCAAUUGGGAAGACCAUAAUAUUGAAGAACACGGUCAAAGUUCUGGAAGACUUAGAAGGAAUGAAAGAACACAUACCAGAGAGAAACCCUAUCAAUGUAAUCAAUGUGAAAAAGCUUUUUCCCAACCCAGUCAUCUCCAAAGACAUAGAGUAACACAUACUGGAGACAAACCUUAUGAAUAUAACCAGUAUGGGAUAGACUUUUUACAACUCAAUCAUCUGCAGAGAUAUAAAAGAACUCAUGCCAGAGAAAAACCCUAUGAAUGCAACCAGUGUAGUAAAGCUUUUUCAUGUCAGGGUAAUCUCAAAAUUCAUAAAAGAACACAUACUGGAGAGAAACCCUAUGAAUGUAACCAGUGUGGUAAAGCCUUUUCACAACAUGGUAGUCUUUUGGUACAUGAGAGAAUACAUACUGGAGAGAAACCAUAUGAGUGUAACCAGUGUGGUAAAGCCUUUUCAUGUCAUGGUCAUCUCCAACGUCAUAAAAGAACACAUACUAGAGAGAAACCCUGUGAAUGUAACCAGUGUGGUAAAGCCUUUUCAUGUGAUCGUAAUCUCCAAAGACAUAAAAGAACACAUACUGGAGAGAAACACUAUGAAUGCACCCAGUGUGGUAAAGCCAUUUCAUGUCAGAGUAAUCUCAAAAUUCACGAAAGAACACAUACUGGAGAGAAACCCUAUGAAUGUACCCAGUGUGGUAAAGCCUUUUCACGUCAUGCUCAUCUCGAACGUCAUAAAAGAACACAUACAGGAGAGAAACCCUAUGAAUGCAACCUGUGUGGUAAAGCCUUUUCAUGUGACCGCAAUCUCCAAAGACAUAAAAGAAUACAUACUGGGGAGAAACCCUAUGAAUGCAACCAGUGUGGUAAAGCCUUUUCAUGUCAGGGUAAUCUCAAAGUUCAUAAAAGAACACAUACUGGAGAGAAACCCUAUGAAUGUACCCAUUGUGGUAAAGCCUAUUCAUGUGACCGUAAUCUCCAAAGACAUAAAAGAACACAUACUGGAGAGAAACUCUAUUAAUAUAACCAGUUACAUAAAGGUUUUUCAAAAUGUGGUAAUCUAAAAAUUGAUAAAAGAACACAUACUGGGAAGAAACCCUAUGAAUAUAACCAGUGUGGUAAAGCCUUUUCAGAAUGUUUUAAUGUCCAAAAUCAUAAAAUAGUACUUACUGGAGAGAAACAAUGCAAAUGUAAUCAGUAUGCUAGAGCAUGUUUACAACAUAGUCAUCUGCAAGUACAUGAAAGAACACAUACCAGAGUGAAAUCCUGUGAAUGUAACCAGUGUUGGAAAGAGUCACCACAGCAUGGUAUUCUCCAAAUACAUAAAAAUGCACAGACUGGAGAGAAUCCGUAUGAGGGUAACCACUAUAAAACUUUUUCACCAUAUGGUAAUCUCCAAAUACAUAAAAAGACACACAAGGGAGAGAAAGCCUACAAAUGUAUUCAGUGUGGGAAAGUAUUUUGUCAAAACUUUUAUCUGCACCCUGCACAAAACUAAAAUCCAAGUGGAUCAAAGACCUCAAUGUUAAUCCAGACACAUUAAAUUGGUUAGAAGAAAAAGUGGGAAAUAGCCUAGAACUCAUUGGCACAGGAGAGUACUUCCUGAACAGAACACCAAUAGCAUAAGCUCUAAGAUCAACAAUAAAUAGGACCUCAUGAAACUGAAAAGCUUCUGUAAAGCAAAGGACACUGCUUUCAAAACAAAAUGACAACCUACCAACUGGGAAAGGAUCUUCACCAACCCUGUAUCUGCCAGAGAGCUAAUAUCCAGUAUAUAUAAAGAACUAAAGAAGUUCAAAAGCAACAAAUCAAGUAAUCCAAUUAAAAAAUGGGGUACAGAGGUAAACAGAGAACUCUCUGUGGAGGAAUGUAAAAUGGCAGAGAAACACUUAAAGAAAUGUUCAAUGUCCUUAGCCAUCAGGGAGAUGCAAACCAAAUGACCUUGAUAUUUCACCUUACACCCAUCAGAAUGGCUAAGAUAAAAAUCUCAAGUGUCAACACAUGCUGGAGAGGUUGUGGAGAAAGGGGAACCCUCCUCCAUUGCUGGUGGGAAUGUAAACUUGUACAACCACUUUUGAAAUUAAUCUGGCCCUUUCUCAGACAAUUAGGAAUAGUGCUUCCUCAAGAUCUAACUAUCCCACUCCUAGGCAAAUAUCCAAAAUAUGCUCAAGUACACAACAAGGAUAUUUGUUCAACCAUGUUUGUAGCAGCUUUACUUGUAAUAGCCAGAACCUGGAACCAACCAAGAUGUCCCUCAACAGAGGAAUGGAUACAGAAGUUGUGGUACUUUUACACAAUGGGAUGCUACUCAGCAAUUAUAAACAAGGAAAUCAUGAAAUUUGCAGGCAAACAGUGGGACCUAGAACAGAUCAUCCUGAGUGAGGUAUCCUAGAAGCAGAAAGACACAUACAGUGUAUACUCACUUAUAAGUGGAUACUAGACCUGUAAGAUAGGAUAAACAUACUAAAAUCUGUACACCUAAAUAAGCUUAACAAGGGGCAAGAAGAUCAAUACUUACUUAGAAAUACAAAUUUGAUGGACAUUGGAAGUAGGAGAAAGCAAGAAGUAAUAUAGGAGCCCAUCAUAGAGGGUCUCUGAAAGACUCUACCUAGCAGUGUAUUAAAGAAGAUGCUGACUUUGGGCAGAGUACAGGGAAUCAUAUGAAAGAAGAGAGAGUUAAUAAGACCUGAAGGGAACAGAAGCUCCAGAAGGACCAAAUUUAUCCUUGUUUGAGACUGAUACUCCAACCAGGGACCAUGUUUGGAUAUAACUUAGAAUCCCUGCUUGGACGUAGCCCAUUGCAGCUCAGUAUCCAAAUGGCUUCUCUUGUAAGGGGAACAAGGACUGUCUCUGGCAUGAACUCUGUGGCUAACUCUUUGACCUCCUCACCUCCCCCAUGGGAGGAGCAGCCUAGCUAGGCCACAGAGGAGCACAUUGCAGCUUGUCCUGGUGAGACCUGAUAAGGGUCAGAUGGAAGGUGAGGAGGAGGACCUUCCCUAUGAGUGGACUUAGAGAGGGGCAAGGAGGAUAUGAGGGAGGGAGGGUGAGCUUGGGAGGGAAUGAGGGAGGGGCUACAGCUGGGAUACAAAGCAUACAAACUGCAAUUAACAUAAAAAAUAAAAAUUUAAUAAAAAAUUUUAUCUGCAAAGACAAAAGAACACAUACUGGAGAGAAAUCCUAUGAAUGUUUUUAAUAGGAUGAAGACUUUGAACAUUUCUGUAGUGUCCAUUAUCAGAAAAGAAUUCAUUGUGCAGGAAAUCUCUAUGAACAUAUUUAAUUUGGUACAUGAAACUCUGCCUUUUCAUCUAUCUGGUAGAGAUAUAAGGAAAUAGUAUAUUCAUCAGUCAACUGCAUAUCUCACAACAUAGCUUGAUGUUCUAUGGAUAUGUAUAUAUUAUAUAUUGUUCCAUAAUUCUUCAUAUUCACAGUAGGUAUCCUUUGACACUUCAUCUUGAAGUAUUAGCUUCUCAGGAAAUUACGUAGUGAUGCUAGACAAUGUAACAACAUUUUCAUUUCUUGCUAGUAAAAAGAAUUCUGGUGUGUGUACUAUGAUUAUGGGUUUUUAGCACAUGUCUAUGUGGAUAGUAGAAGACAACUUUUUGGUCUACUUUUUGUCGUCUUUGUAUGCCAAUGAAAUGUCAAGUUGCCAGCUUUGCAUACCUCAGAUAUUUCCACAAAGCUGACAAACUGAUUCUGAAAUAAGGUUGGUUGAAAUAUCCAUAAAAUCUUGUCUUCUUUUCAAAUUGGAAAUGUCAUCAUAUAAGGGUGGAGAAAGCAUGAUGAUCUGAAUAAUAAAUCGUAUUGUCAAAGAAAAUUA